CGCAUAAACCCAACGUGUUUCUGUUUACCUCCAGUGUGUGAGUGUGUUUCUGUUCAGACACGCGUGGCUGGUUGUACCGCGGGAGAAGGGGGUGUUUUUAUAUUUUUAUGGCUUGAUAUCAUUAAGUUUAAGGCCGAGCCUCGGCUGCAGCACGAGGCCCGAGCCCGGGCCGCCGCCACCUGGCUGAUGCCAUCUGCCAGCAUCCUCUGAGAAAUUUAUCCAAGUAACGUUAACCGCGGUUAGCACGGUGGCUAACUCAGCUAAUUCACUGCUACAGACAGAAGAGAGAUGAUGGACGAGAGAGGAGUCGAGCCGUCUUGGCCGUGAUGUUUCUCCUCGCCGUGAGUUUUUCUGGCGGCGACGGGUCGGCCGGUUCAGACUGCAGCCCGUCAACCACAGAGACGAACAGCGCGGUGCGUUUACUGUCAGCUGUGCUCGACCCACAGAGAGCCGAGCAGAGCCAGAGGCAACACCUGGAGGCGCUGUUCAACAGAUAUGGAGAAAACGGGACCAUCUCUCUGGCCGGCUUAAAGCGUCUCUUACAGAAUGUGGGGCUGGAUCGGAUCAGGACUGUUACUGUGCAGCAUCACGAGCAACGCCAUCACGACCACCAACAUCACCACCACCACGAAGGUGAACACCAUCACCACCACCAUGGUCAUGAGCACAACAACAAACAUCACCAGAAACACGUUCACGGUGAACCCUCUCAGCCCAGAAAGUUUCCAAAGACUCCCGAAGUCUCAAAAGAUCAGGACAGCCGUCACAACCUGCACGACAAGAAGACUGUGGGGGCGGCGGCUCAGGAGGUCGGCACCACGGCAGUGUACAGCGCCCAGCUGGAGGUGAAACCAGGUGAAGCUCAUAAGAGACAAGACGGCAGCCCAGAAAAACCCAGUCCUGCAGGGGAGGAAACCACCAGGGCGUCUGCCAGACUGGUCACUGAAAGCCAGAUACAGAUGGCUGCAGUCAGCCGGGGGGAUCAUCUUAACCACGACCAUGAUCACGAUCACGACCAUAUUAACCAGGAUCUUCCAAGCAAUCGAAGCGUGGGCAGUGCAGAGUGUCUGAACGCCUCCAGCAUCCUCUCCUCACAUGGGAUGUCUCAGGAGGUGGGCGUGACCCUCGCUGACUUCAGCCUCCUCUGCCCCGCCCUCCUCAACCAGAUUGAUGGCGGAGCGUGCAUCCUGCACGGAGGCGCUGCAGAGCACGGGGAGAAAGACCAUAAACAUGCUCACGCUCACCAUGGUGGCCACAACAACUCGGACCACGACCACGACCACAGCGAGCGCUCUGGUGGAGAGAGUGGCAAAAGCAUCACAACAGCGUGGGUCGGCGGGUUCGUCUCCAUCACGAUCAUCAGCCUGCUCUCCCUGCUCGGCGUCGUCCUCAUCCCGCUCAUGAACAGAGUUUUCUUCAAGUUCCUCCUCAGCUUCCUGGUGGCGCUGGCUGUCGGCACGCUGAGCGGCGACGCCUUCCUUCAUCUCAUCCCCCACGCUCAGGGAGGCCACCACCACCACCACCACGAGGAUUCUGGGAUGAAUGUCUCUGUGGGAGAUCACGUCCAUGAUGAGCGAGAGGAAAACCUGGACGCUGUGUGGAAGGGCCUGACGACUCUGAGCGGAGUCUACUUCAUGUUUCUAAUCGAGCACUUCCUGACGCUGGGCAAAAUGUACAAGGACAAGAAACAAAAGAUCCAGAAGAAGUGGGACCAGAACGACAAAGCAGAUCCAGAGAAGCUGCCCGCUCUGGAAGAGAACGACCAAAAGCCGACUGAAGAUGUGGAGACCAACGGGGCCGGUAUAUUUGGCCACCACUCCAGCAGCUUGCACGGCGGCGGCGUGGCGGAGGAGGAGCAGGUGAUGCUGGCGCCGCAGGUGUCCGUCGUCUCGCCGCAGGGUUACAGCGGAGCGUCGGGGGCCGCCGCCUACACCGCCGAGGACUGCGAGAACAAAUGCCACUCCCACUUCCACGACACGGUGGGCCAGACGGACAGCAUGCACCACCACCACCACGACUACCACCACAUCCUGCACCACCACCACUCCCAGAACCACCACCCUCACAGCCACUCCCACUCCUACUCAGAGCAGCACUUCCAGGAGGCCGGCGUGGCCACGCUCGCCUGGAUGGUCAUCAUGGGAGACGGGCUGCACAACUUCAGCGACGGCCUGGCCAUCGGAGCUGCCUUCACUGAGGGUCUGUCCAGCGGUCUCAGCACGUCUGUGGCUGUUUUCUGCCACGAGCUGCCUCACGAGUUGGGUGACUUUGCGGUUCUCCUGAAGGCCGGUAUGACGGUGCGUCAGGCCAUUCUCUACAACGUGUUGUCGGCCAUGAUGGCCUACUUGGGUAUGGUGACCGGUAUCUUGAUCGGACACUACGCAGAGAACAUCUCCACGUGGAUCUUCGCCCUCACAGCCGGGCUCUUCAUGUAUGUGGCUCUGGUGGACAUGGUGCCCGAGAUGUUGCAUAACGACGCCGGCGACCACGGCUUCAGCCACUGCGGCUUCUUCCUGCUGCAGAACGCCGGCAUCCUGCUGGGCUUCUGCAUAAUGCUGCUGAUCGCCAUUUUUGAGCACAAAAUCCAGCUGGACCUGGGAUACUGAAGGAGAGCUGUUUCACCCUGAGCUCCUCCACGUGUCUCCGUCAGAAGCGUUGUGUGCUUUUAUUUGUUGUUCUACGCAGGUCCAGUCGCCUUGAUUUAGUUGGUAUUUUCACCUGCUGUAGGAAGAAGCAUCAGUUCAAAUGUUAUGUAGGAAGUUGCAGAGCGGUUUCUCUCUGUGUCGACAAACUCGUGACCUCUAAAUGGGAGAUAACGGUGUAAAAAAAAACACCACCAGAAGCCUCAUUCCAUCAUUUUUCACGUGUUGGCAGGUCAUAUUGACAAUGAAUCCAAUGAGACGUGAAGGCAGCAGGCCCCCCGACAUCUUUUGCCAUCAUAUUUAAUUCUGUUUUUUUUUAUUUAAUUUGUCUGAUUUUGUGGUUUGUUUAUCUUAUGUGUUUCUGCUGCUGAGUCAAACCAGAUCAGUAUUCCAGUAGAUACCUAGAGCACCAUCAGCCCCACCGUUAGUACAACGCCGUACUGGGUAACGAGUUACAUUUAAAGUUUUUAAGGUGAUGUAAAACUGUCUCUUGUUUCCUGUUGGAGUUGGUUGCUUUGUUCAACCCGCGUUUCAAAACCCAAAGAUAUUCAGAAAGAAAACCACAAAAUAUCAAUUUUAGAAGCUGGAACCAGUAAAUAAUAAUGAAUUAAUGGUAAUAAUAUAUUUUUAUUCUUGUUACAGAAUCAUUAUCUGUUGCUUUCAGCUCUGUGUGUGUUGGAGUGGCUCCCCCUUGUGUGUGUUGUGGCUUAGUGCAGCAAUGACAGGAUAAAACUAUUCUUUAUCAUUUGUUACAUUUAUAAAAAACUCGGACUCUGCAGAGGCACGUUUGCAUCACUUAAAGAGUUUAUCAAGUUAAAAAAAAAAAGCAACACGAGCCUCGUCUCGUAGCAUCAUGUCACGCUUGAAUCAGGCGGACUUUACAGACUGUACAGAUCUGGGAGCAAAGCUCUGACGUGCUUCACAGAGAGCAGAAGGGUGCUCUGACGUGUGCUUUUACCACGCUGCUAGUGUUUGCUGCCUUUAAUAUCAGAAAACCAUGUAAAUGAAGUUCUCCUCUGGCCUCAGAAAGCUCUGAGACGGGAGGACAACCAGAGUGAGGAUAUGAAGCCGCAGUAAAAUCCAGGAGGUGGUUUGGAAAUCGCGGCCUUUUAUUCAGUCUGAUGGUCUUUCUUUAACCACGUUAGGAGCAUCAGCCUCUCUGUGAGGAGGCCUCGGGGAGGGAUCAGAAAUAUAAUGCAAAGUUGCAUUUUGUACGUUGAGCUAAAUCAGCAGGGAGUCCGUCCAUUAAGAGAACCUGAUUGGUUGUCAUGGCAACGAGCUCCUUAAAUUAGACAAAAAGACACAGCUGUGUUUAGUUGAGACGAGUCUUUACACCUAAACUGGAUAUUAAGUGAUUAUUAACAAUUAAUUAUCCUUUCAAUGAUGUUAUCACUGAGGAUUAAAUGAAAACUCAGAUCCUCUUUUGUUGUCACCUGAUUUUCUGAACUGUGCGUAUUAAAAACCGCCUCAGUUCACAUUUUGUGUCAAAUUGCAAUUGAAAUAGUUUUUGGUGUCGAGCAUUUCCUGUUACGACUUGUGAACGUUUGCAUUUAUGCCGUUUGUUUGUGAUCAGCUGCAGAGUUCAGAACAGGUCUUAGUUUUGUUUUCUUGUGAGACGUGCACUAAUUUGUGAGGUAGAAAAAUCAACAAGAGAUGUAACAUGUUAGUAAUGUGGAGCCUUAAAAAAAUAAUCGUCUCUCCUGCGAAGGUUUUUGAUGUGUGAUUGAAAGCAAUUAUCAAAAAAACAAAAGUGAACCUGGAUGAGUUUGAAUUUGGCUUCAAGGGGGGGGGGGCGCUCUUUCCAUUUUGGCCUUGCAGUCUAAACACUGGGCAGAUCUGACGUGUGGUCUCUGCUGGGAAGUGAACCCCAAACCCUGACAGGUCUGCACAUGUGGAGCAGAACAGGAUCUGCAUUCCUAUUCAUUUUAAAGAAAUGUUUUGUGUUUUGGAUCAAGGCUAAUUCCAGCACACCAGUGUGUUUUUGUUGUUACGUUUCCUUUUAAUUUUAAGGCUGCCUGUUUAUACAGAUAAGCUUUAAGAGUUUAUAUGGGGGUUUAGAAAGAAAAACACCUGGAGAGGUCUUGACUCUGUUAAAGUUAGUGGUGAUGGUGCAUGUUGGCAGCUGUUUGAUCGAGCAUGUCGAAUUAGGGGUGAAAGUGACGACGACAUCAGUGUGUUUCCUCUUUUAUAUUCAAAGCACCAGAAUGUGUUUGUUAAACGCCAUUUAAACACGCGCUCAGUGAUGUGGUUUCUCUGCCAAAAUUUGAUUUCCACUUUUCUCCAAAUAUCUCCAAAUUAACACUUUCACGCACAACUCGAGGUGACUUAGCAGGCGUGUUAAAGCGAGUAGGGUUUGACUUUCUAUUUCCUGUUUGUCUACAAACGGGUGGAACACUAUCAGUGACUUGUAGAAGAGACGGUCUUAAACUUUAAGCGAUAUCACAUUGCGGCCCUAACCUGGCCCUCAGGAGCCUCACUGACUGGUUGGCCAUGACCUUUGACUUCUCUGUGAAACGUGUACAGGUUUGUAAGAGAAAAACCAAAUACGUCGUCUGACAAAUGCCAAGAAACUAAAGCAAAUGUUGGCAUCAAAAAGGGGAAACUGUUUGCUGUCGUGUGUGUUUUUAAAUUAUUUUUUUACUUUAUUGUUACAGUUGAAGAGUUAACGUGGCAGCUCAGCACCGAUCGUAUGCAGAGAAAACUUCUGUGUUAAAGUUUGUUAAAAUAUUACUCCAGUUCGGUUUAAAUGUGGACUUUGAUUCCAGUGACGUCUUCAUGAGCUCAGUUUGAACGGUUUUCUUUGUCAAGGUGUUUUUUUUAAAAAGCUCUGAUGUUUAGGUCAAAUAAGAAGAAAUUAUUUUCUGGCUUUAACCGCUCAGAAACCCACAAAAAGCAAGUUUCUCACUGUGUAUAUUACAUGUACAAUAUAAUUCAAAAUGUAUAUAUUCAUGUACAAGUUUGUGUUUCAGUUGUCGAGUGUACUUUCAGUCACUGUGCUGUUUGUUGUUACGUCGUAUUCAACACAAACCUAAAGAAUCUCAUUCAGAGAAAUAUUGGUGUGGAAAACGUCUUUUUGUCUAAAGGAAAAGAUAAAGUGUUUGUUCUGUUCAUGAAGGUGGAUUAACUCAUAAAGACGACAUCCACACAGCUCUGCGGUAAAUACUCACGAUUCAAUGAUCUGAAUCCAUCAUCUUUGUUUUGAAAAUGUUUUAACUGACUCGCUGAUCUGACUCAUGUCUGAGGUUAUUUGUGGUUGUGUUAAACUAAAGUCGUGUCAACAGGGAUCAUCAGGCUCCAACUGAAAAUAAAAUAAAUCUAAAACAGGAUAACAUCUGUGUCAAAGUGGAGCUGCGGUCAGAAGCGGCGGGUCUCUAACGUUAAGAACGAAAUAAAUUUCAUCCCAAGUUCAUCAAAAUUACACAAACUUUUCUUUGUUUGUUGUGAUUUAUUCCAACUCUUGUCUGCAAUGUUUUUUCUUAAUCGUUCACAAAAUAUAGUGUUUCUUUUUCAUAGGUAAAACAUAUUUACAACAAAAAGAUGAAAGAAACCCAAAUAUUUUGAACACAGGACGGCAUGUUGGAGGCGAUUUUUGCAGCACGUAACUGUCAAGUACGGAGACAUUUUUUCUUAUUUCAUCAGAUAUGAAUUGUUGAUUGAAUCAUUCCUCAGUGAGGCUUUAUUUAACAUGAGACCAUCUGAACAACUCCCUCUUAUAUUCAUGACUUCCUCACAGAGGUCAGACGAUGCUGACGUUUAUAAAAAUGUCUUGUUUUUUUUGUUGCAGCUUCAAUGAGUUCAAUUUGAAUAUUGAGUGUAUUUUAUACUCAACUGUUUCAUUUUAAAUACAUCCCCAUGAGUUACAUUUGAAAGCAGCUCAAAUCAUCGUUUUGUUAAUUUUGUAGUGUGCUGAGGCAGAUUUCUUAUAUGGCUUUAACAAUGCAUGUUUCUCUAAAUGUGUGUGUAUGUAAACAAGGUAUUUUGUCAUCACCACCAAAACUCUGGUAAAGGUUCAGCUGUUGUAAAUGUUUCAGCCACCCAGCCUCAUUCAGAAGAACACCUUCACCAACAUUGACUCGCUGCUUAAAAUCACAAUUAAUCAUCUUUCUGUGGCCUCAAAAAUGAACGUUGAGUCCAGUCAGCACCUGUAACUGUCUCCAAAAGAAAGAGUUUCACCAAACUGAUAUUUUGCUGCAGUGGUUUAGACGGUGUUUCUGUUAUUUUGUCCACCUCUGUAUUGACUCACUGCACCUUCAGGCAGCUUUGAUGUUGACUCAAUUUGCUCUGUGACAUUCCUGAACACAAAUAAACUCGCUCACCUUCCUUCAA